AUGGUCACAGACUCUCCAGUCAACGAGCGACAGAGGGCUGAAUUACAGGAGCUUUUGAGUCGUUUCAGUAACGGAUACUGGCAGGUGGAAGUUGCCGAGGCGGAUCGUGAAAAGACCGCCUUCACGACUGUUUACACCGAUGCAUCAAAGGACGCUGUUGGGGCGGUACUGGCGCAGGAGGGUGACGGUUUGGAACAUGUAGUGGCCUACGCCAGUCAAGCCCUCACUCACACCCAGAAACGCUGGUCCACCUUUGACCAUAGCCCCACAGUCUCCGGCCUGGAGCCGUUGCAGGUUGUCAUCCCGUCCUCUCUGGUCCCUGAUCUACUCCAGCAUCUUCACGGGGGGCCGGCUGCUGCGCACUUCUCUGUGGAUCGGGUCUGGGAGAAGGCGAGGCAGUCUUGCUACUGGCCUUUUAUGCUUGGAGACAUAAGACAGUGGUGUGAGCAGUGUAGGGCUUGUCAGACUCGCAGGUCGCCUAUUCCUAAGCCCAUGGGGGUUAUGCAGGUGUGUCGUCCUCUGCAGCGUGUGGCGGCUGACAUUUUAGAGCUACCUGUAACCUCUCGGGGAAAUAGGCUUCAUGCGUUGGAGGCCUCUGAGAGACAAAAACUUUACCAUGACCAGACAGUGUGUCAUCGGCCGUACGGUGUUGGCGCGUUGGUGUGGCUGAACAAUCCGACGGAGAGCCGCACUAAAUUAGCGCCGCAUUGGAGGGGCCCGUACCAGGUGGUGCAGGUAUUCUCGUCAGGGGGUGAACCGGCACUGACCUAUGACAUCAUUAAUCCGCUGGAUACUCAGGAGCGGAGUCAGGUGGUUCAUCAUGACAGACUUAAACCAUACACUCUGCCGCUCCCUGCUCGGCCCCCUGCUAGUCGGGUUGUCGCAUCGGACCCUUUCUUGCAUGGAGGGGAGGCAAGUUUGGAGCCAGCGCUGGCCCAGCCGCAGCAGUCUCUGUCGGGACUUUAG